GUGACUUUGAAACAUAUUUCGUUUUGUACGUUACCUCGUGGUGUUGAAGGAUCAUGGAUAAUAAAGGAUUAGAAGAAAUUUCUCAAAAUCCUUUAUUAGCUCCUAAUAAACGUAAAAAGGCGAAUAAAGCAAGAACAGUUAAAGAUUUAUUCAACGAUGUUGGUCCUGAAGCAUCAUUUAAAGAUAAACGUGGACGACCAUGGUUUAAAAAUCCACGAGCUUAUGUGAAACAGAAGUUAGCGCCUAAAACUGAAAGAAUCGAUGAUGAACACUCACAGUCUAGUUGUGAUGAUGGCGGUGAUGGUAGUGACAGUUCUAGAUCGAGGGAUUCAGAAUCAAACACCUCGUCUGACAGUGAUGAUGGCAAUGAAGUUGAUUUUUUCGAGGAUAUUGAAGAUCUUCAAGGUGCUGACUGGUAUGAGUUGACAAAAGAUUCUGUUCCCACCAGCCAGUCAACUCAUCGAUUAGCCUUGCUUCAUUUCGACUGGGAUAAUGCUAAACCAGAGACUAUUUACAUGGUUCUUGAAUCAUUUUUACCUGCUAGAGGACAUAUUGAAAAAGUUACUAUUUAUCCAUCCGAAUUCGGUAUUAAACGUAUGGCUGAGGAGGCUAUUCAUGGACCACCUGAACUACGUCCCAGUGAGUCAGACACUGAAUGCAAUGAAAAUGAGAAUAAUAACAAUCAUUGUAAUAAUUUAACUGAAGACAAUUCAACUAUGGCUGUUGAUGUUGAUGAAAAAUCUGGCUGGCGUAAAGCCUCGUCAAAACUUCGACGUCGUAUUCGUGAAUAUCAGUUGGCCAGGCUGAAAUAUUUCUAUGCUAUUAUUGAAUUUGAUAGUGUUGAAACAGCUGAAGCAAUAUACGAAGCUUGUGAUGGUCUUGAGUACGAGAGUUCUGGUUCACGUUUGGAUCUGAGAUUUGUUGAUAAUGAUCAAACUUUUGAAGUACCUGCUGAAUACGCUCACUUAGUAAGUGAAUGUCGUGAAAUUAACAAGGCAAAGUAUAAUCCUCUUCGAUUUGAAACAAGUGCUUUACAUUCAACACGUAUUGGUAUAACAUGGGAUAAAACACCAGCUGAAAGAACUAAUUGGUUACGGGAUCAAUUUCGUGCAGAUGUUGAUCCAAAGACAACAUUAACUGAGCAUAGAGAUGAACUUUCCAAAUAUCUAGUCCUUUCGUCAAGUGGUGCAAGUACAGCGGCUAGUUCAGAUCCAGAAUCAGAACCGCCUGCACCCACUGUCCCUAGAAUUCGUCGUCAUCGACCGAAAAAGCUGCCACCAGCUGAAGUUCGCUUAGCACUUUUAGGCUUAACAUCCAAUGAUGAUGAUGAUAAGACGAAUGUUGUCGAUGGGAAUCAUGAACUCACAGAGGAUGAAGACGAAGAAGAGGUCUUCGAUCUAGCUCACAAUGAUGAUGUCUCUGAAACUGAAGACUAUGAUCUACGACCGGUUGAAAAGAUCUCAAAAGAAACACCGUCUUCUUCAUCACGUAAAAAAGUUCGUCGAAAGGUGUUACCGGAAGCUCAAGAUUCUGAAGAUGCUGAGGAGGAGGGUAGUUCUGAUCAAGGUGAUGGUGAUGAUGUUGACAAUGAUGAUAUAAAUGGGACAGAAAGGGGCGAAAAAGCUCGUCAUCAGAAUAAACGAAAAAAGAAAUUGAAACAGCGUACUAAGAUCUUGGAAAAGAAGCGUAAAGUUCAAGCAAGAAUAGAACGUGAAUCUAAACUGUGGUUAGCCGAUGACAAUUCAGAAGAAUUCUGUAAUGAUGAUCGUUUUGAUGAAUUUCUUCGAAAUCCAGCCUUUGAAAUUAGUCAAACACAUCCAGAGUAUAAAGAGGCGAGUGCAUUUCUGCAUUAUAUGAAAAUGCACAGAUCGAAAGUUGUGUAACCAACGCACAAACACACACACACACAAUAAUGCCUUGUGUGGUAUGUUUUUUUUGCUACACAUUGUACAGUACAAUCCUUCAUUAGUUCCCUUUUGCUUUACUUCUCCUCCUACGACUACUUUUUUGUAUAUUAUUGCUUUUUCU